AAAUGUAAUCAAUAAGAGUUUUAUUUCACCUUAGCAACACGGUAAACAAACCGCUUAAAACAAUUUGCUUAGUUAAUAAUUAACUUGGCUUAAAUGAUGAAAAAGUUUAAGAGCAAAAUUUAUCGCAAAUAUGAAGAUUACAUACGUCCACAGGACUACUUGGAGCCGGAUGCACCAAAAAGCAUCAAUCUCUGCAUUGAUGACUUUAAUGCGCGCGGCGAAGUUGCCAAUCCGCGUGCUCCUUGCGUGGUCACCUCUAUAGAUCCGGAAUAUAUCAAGGAUGCAGGUCUACAACGUCUAGCCAAGAAGUUUCGCAUGAAAACUGACAUCUUAUUGCUACGCGAGAUAACGCGUAACAAAUUCAUGUGUUAUGCCACGCAGGAAAUGUUUUUGGAUAAAAAGCGGGAAAUUGAGUAUCAGAACAAGCUGUUCGAAGAAGCUGAAGAGUUUCGCAAGUUUGCCGAUGACUCACUAAUGAAAAUGAAGGCAACCGAAUUCAAGAAAAUGCUUGAAGCACAAGAAACCCUUAAGAAGUUGAAAGAAAACAAAGUGGCUGAAGAGCUUAACCAGGUGAAGUUGCAGCAUCAGCGUGUGCUAAUGGAGGUGCAAGAGAUAUUUGGACGCUUUCAAUAUUUGCUUAAGCUGAUUAGUUACUUUGAUGACACUGUCGAACAGCAGACGGAGCAGGUGGACAGCAAACUAUGCAUGCCCAAUCAUAUAACUAAGAUGGUGAUUAGCGAAAGGCAUCCAGCUGGGCUGGAGCAAGUGAAGCAGGUGAAUGACUAUAUGGAACAUGUAAUACGUCCCUAUUUGGCAAAACGUAAUCAUUUAAAUGCCGAUAUAUGGAUCGGGGGCUACGAACGCAAUCGCAUGAAGGUGGCCAAUUACAACAAGAGAUUUACACAACUGGCAUUGCUCAAUCAUAUUGUUAGCAUGCUCCAUGAGAAGGCCGAGAAGACACAGAGGCGUAACGCAGGUGCUGUAGUUUUCCUCAAGGAUCCAGAGUUUUUGCAACGUCGGGUUGCUGCACUGCAGCAACGCGCACUUGGAUUGUUUGCAGACUACGAACAGUCCUACUGCAAGGACAAACUAAGCUUGAAACUGAAUAGCAUUGUGCCUGUUAUACUGAAGCUAUUGCAAAACAAAGUCGAGCCGGAGGCGCAGCAACCACGGAAACAGCCACCCAAGACACCGCCACAAAAACAUUCCAAGCAGUGGCGUACACUGGAUGAUAUGCGCGCGCCUGUGUCCAAAAAACCAACCGCAGUUUACAAGGACGAACAGGACACAACGUUGGCCAAAGUGGAGAAAAUACAAACAUUUGCCUUGGAAUUGUUGCGUAAAUUGGAUGCCAUACCGCCAGAUGAGCUGCGUCGCCUGGAGCAGAGUGUGCGUCGACGUAUUGCUAAGCAAAAGGAAAUGUCACGACGUGCUUUGGUCAAACAGAAUCGUCUGCACAACUGGAUGGAACACUUUAAGAAACAUCAUCGAUUGCGGCAGGCGCUGCGCAACAAACACAAGGUUUGAGGACACUUCUACCACACGCAUAUAUAUAUCUAAAUAAAGUUAAAGC